AUGGAUGGAAAUACAACAAAAAUGCAAGAAAUAGGGAUGACCUAUGAUUAUGAUAGAAAUCAGUAUCCUCCACAAGUUUCAGCGGGAGAAAAAGAAGGAAAUAUUGAGUUUUCAGAAAAAUAUAAAAUAGAUGGAAAAUGGAAAGAUGUGAGUAAAACUCAAGAAAACAUCAUGAUCUGGAAGGUUCUGACUGUUUCUUUCAUAGAUAUGGGCGGCAAUUAUGCUUUUGUUAAUACAGGUAAAUCAGAGGCCUAUAAGGCAAUAGAAGCAUAUAAGUUUUUGGGGUCUUCUAAAGCGUUUACAUUGAAUGCAAAUACGGUUUUUCUUUUUUCUUUUAUGAUAGGAUCUGCUGCUACUCUUUCUUUUUUGUAUUUUUUGCUUGCACGUAUUUAUACAAAGCAAUUUAUAUGGGCAACAGGGAUUAUUCACAUUGCGAUAAGUGUGUUAAUUAGUGUGUAUUACUUGAUUAGAGGAUUGUAUAUGAUCUCAGUAUUGUUUCUGGUAUUCACAGCUUUUUAUGCAUUUUGCUUUUAUACUUGGAGAUCACGCAUUCCUUUAGCGACUUCGUAUCUGCAAUUUACUAUGGAUGUAUCAAAAUAUUAUACUAGUGUAUAUUUUGUUAGUUUUUGUGGAGUAGUUGCAUCUGUAGGCUUUUUUGCAUGGUUUUUUGUUACUUUCCUUGCUGCCAUUUUUAAAUAUUCGGAUUUUUCACUUAAUGGGGAAAGAAAGCCUACAUGUCUUGAUAAUGGAGAUGGAUGCGAUUCUAAGUAUCUCGGAAUAGUCAUGCUUGUUCUAUUUUUCAAUGCCUAUUGGACAGCAGAGGUUAUUAAAAAUGUUAUUCAUACUACUAUUUGUGGUAUAUAUGGAUCUUAUUAUUACGGAUACAACACUCCUGAGGGAAUCCCAAAACAUGCCGCUAUUUCUUCUUUUAGGCGUACUAUAACAUAUUCUUUUGGAAGUGUUUGUUUUGGUUCUUUAUUAGCCUCUAUUAUUCAAAUACUAAGGGAUAUAUUUGAAUCAAUGAUGUAUGAUAGAUCUUCUUCAGGAGAUAUUUUAGGCACGAUAAUUUCAUGCUUUGCUUCAUGUAUCGUUUCACUGUUGGAUUGGCUAAUUCAGUAUUUUAACCAUUAUUGUUAUGCUCAAAUUGCUCUUUAUGGUAAAAAAUAUUUGAAAGCUGCAAAAGAUACAUGGAUGAUGUUUAAGCGUAAUGGAAUUACAGCCCUUAUUAAUGAUUGCUUAAUUGACAACGUACUAUCCUUUGGGUCUCUUUUCGUUGCCUGCAUUUCAGCAUUCCUGUCCUUCCUUUACUUGAAAUUCACUAAUCCUCAAUAUAACAGCGAAGGUUCUUACAAUUUAGUUGUUAUAUUUGUUUCUUUCUUCAUCAGCUUUCAUAUAUGUAAUACAGUAGUAAUUGCUAUUCGAUCUGGAGUUGCUGCGCUUUUUGUAGGAGUGUCUGAGGAUAGAGAGGUUCUUCGCCGAAAUUUCCCUGUAUUAUAUAAUCAAAUGUUUGGUCCUGUAUAA